AUGCCCGAGAGGGUGUCACAAGACACUAUCAUCGCCGAUCCCGAGGCUGCAGUGCGCCAGAUCCGAUCCCAUGUGCCCUGGAUGGCCGGCAGAGUUGUUAAUGUUGGUAAAGGCCCGGGAAAUCCAGGGCGAUAUGUUGUUGCUCCACGCCCACCCCCAGAUCCUCUGAUUGUGGUGCGCGACGUUUCGCACGCCUUCCCUCCUUAUUCGGAAAUUCAACGUGUAAAGGCACCCAAUUCCAUAUUAAACUCGCGUCUACUAGCCCCAACAAAUGCCUUUCCCCAGCGCUUCAAGGAUCUUGAAGAGGACACGUUUCGGCAUAACAUGACCGAUGCAGGCGGUCUUUUCGGCUUUGCUCGUCUGGUCUCUAUGGCUAUGCGGGGAGAACAGUUUUCCGACUCCCUCCUAGAGCAGGUCAAUCGCUAUCGGCACAACCUUAUCUCGCUUUCGAGCCGGGGUGAACCCAUAUUAGAUCACUCCCACCAUACCCGUCCCCCAAUCACCAAUGCGCAGCCCGUCGUGCGCUCUGAUCAGCCCAGUGGCAUUUUCUUGUGCUUUACCGCUGCUAAUGUGGCUGAGCUGAAGGACCUUGCUAGUCAAUCUAUGAUCCCAUACCCAGAGGGUGUCCUAUACUACAACCGAUGA